GCGCGUCAGGGAUCAGGGUGUGGCCUGUGCUAGCAUUAAAUAACGAUGAUCUCAGCACACUUAUAAAAUAAAAGAGGGCAACUGACUAGAUAGCUGUUCCUGAUAGCCCGGGCCUCUAUCAACACGGCUGAGCACUUUGCUUCUCCUUCUCAGCAAAGGUCUAGUUCCCAUUUGCAUCCACGCGUGACUAUGCCAGGGACUUUGGCACUGCUUUCAGUUCUGCUCAGUCUCCUCCACAUCACUGAGGGGCAAACAUUCAACUGGGGGCACUGUCCAGAUCCACCAGUCCAGGAGAACUUUGAUGUUACCAAGUAUGUUGGGAAAUGGUAUGAAAUUGAAAGGCUGCCUGCGAGCUUUGAGAAGGGAAUCUGCAUCCAGGCCAAUUACUCACUGAAGGAAAAUGGGAAGAUUAAAGUGAUAAAUCAAGAGCUCCGCUCUGAUGGCACAAUUAAUCAAAUCGAGGGGGAGGCUGUCCAGGCUGACGGUGUGCUGGCCAAGCUGAGAGUCAGCUUUUACUGGGCCAUGCCCUCUAGCCCUUACUGGGUACUCUCCACUGACUAUGAAAACUACUCCCUGGUGUAUUCCUGCACUACUUUUAUCUGGCUCUUCCACAUUGAAUAUGCCUGGAUUCUGUCAAGAACUCCACAGCUGCAGCCAGAAACUCUGGAACGUCUGAAGAGCCUUCUCCGCUCCUACAAGAUUGACACUGGGAAAAUUAGGCCAACUGAUCAAAUGAAUUGUCCUCCUGAGAUGUAGAUCCCACUGUUUCGGAGAAGAAGUCCAGGCUAGUUAUGAACUCUGUUGCUUUAUUAGAGUUGAUUAAAACCUCUUAAUUUAGAAUAACAAUGUAUUUUGCUAAUGCUAGCUUGUAAACACUGACUGUAACGUCUAUGUGUGAUAGCAGCAAAGUAGUAUUGGUACUCUGUCUGUGUAAUCUCUCUCAUGAACUUUGAGAAGCCUGAGUAAAUUAUACCAAAACUCUGUUCUUUCAGAGUAAAAUAGGCUUUGGGUGAAAGUAAACAACUGGAUAAAGAGGAGAAAUCUUUGA